ACAGACAACAUGGCAAACCGUUUUGCUUUCCUGCUUAUUUUAUCAGUUAUACAAGUAGACGUUUGUUUCUCGUUUAUGGCAGGGUUAUAUUGUGGACUUGAUAACUGUUAUGAGAUUUUGGGUGUCACAAGAGAUGCUACCAAGACUGAAAUAACUAAGGGCUACAGAAAAUUAGCAAGGAAAUGGCAUCCAGACAUGCACAAGACAGAAAAAAAGAAAGAAGAAGCCACAGAAAAGUUCAGAGAAAUAGGAAAUGCAUAUGAAAUACUAAAAGAUGAGGACCAAAGGAGUGAUUAUGAUUACAUGUUGGACCAUCCAGAUGAGUUCUUUGCCAAUUACUAUAAUUAUUACAAGAGAAGAUAUGCUCCCAAAGUAGAUCCCAGGAUAGUUAUUGGUGUAACAAUUACAGUUAUAUCAUUUAUACAGUACUGGGGUGCUUGGAAUAACUACAACAGUGCCCUUGAUUAUGCUUGUAAAGAAGCAAAAUACAGACAUAGGGCAAUGGAUAUUGCUCAAUCAGAGGGGCUUGUUACUGGUGGAAAGAAUAAUAGGAAAAAAGAUAAACGAUCAAAGGAAGAAAUUAAAUCUGAAGAAGAAGCUGUCAUAAGAAAAGUAAUAGAAGAUAAAAUUCAUAUACAUGGCGGUUAUGGAAAGCCAACAGUAUAUGAUAUAUUAUGGGUACAGAUUGUAUUUUUACCAUAUUACUUAUUACAAUAUAUAUGCUGGUGGUGUCGUUGGAUUUGGAAAUUUACCAUUUGUAGGAAUGAAUAUGGUGAAGAGGAGAAAUUACAUUUAAUUAGAAAAUUUAUGAAAUUAGCUACUGCACAAUUUGAUGCUUUAGAAGAUCAUGAAAGAGAAGAAUUUUUAAGAAAAGAGUUAUGGAAAAAAGAUAAUUUUACUAAAUGGAAGAAGAACAAAGAAGAUGAACAAAAGGCAAAAUUAGCAGAAAGUGGACGUUAUAAAAGUUACAGAAGAUAUAUGAAGUCGGGUGGUCCUGGUCAGAUGACCUUUGGCCCAGAAUGAUAUCAAAGAUCUGAAUAGCAUAGUUUUUUUUUAUUUAUUCUAUUGGUGCAGAAGUUUAUGUUCUUUUAAGCAAGUAAAGUUGCAAUAUUUAAGUCACCUUACAAUCAGGCAAAAACAAUUGUAAUAUAUCACUUGGAAGGUACUACUGCAUCUUUCUUUUGUGAAGUAAGUAAGGCCCCAUUUUGACCCUUUCAAAAACUUGAAGAAGAAAAAAAAAAUUUUAAUACCAGCUUUUCUAUUUAGAAUAUCAUAUACAAUUUGCAUUCUGUAACCAGCAAAUAUUGACCACAAUGAGAGUCCUUACAUAAAAAUUUCUCUCAUAGAAGUAUCAAGAUUUUUUUUUAAAGGAACCUUUUUUAAUUGUGCAAACAAUUUUCAGUCAUUAUCUUAAUUCUUUGACACUAAAACAUAUUAAUUUUUGGUUUUCAUUAAAAGCCAGUCAGUAUUGUCAAUUACAGCCAGUGUGAUACAGAUUCACUGAUAGGAAUUUCUUCAAGUUUAGGAAUAAACAAAAAACCUUGCAGUGAUUAUUUUAAAAUGAGUCCAUAUUUCUGUUUUAGCUAUUAAAAAUCUCAGUUGAAUUAUAUACUCAUAAUUGCCUGAUUGUAGGGAGCUAUCUUAGUAGAAUCAAACAGAGUAGGUUAAAUGUUUAUUUGUGAAUUUUAAGAGGAUGUUGGUAUUUUUGUAUUAUUUUAAAUGUGGGUGAAAGUUUAUUAAUUUGUAUUAGAUGAGUUAGAUUACAUUAAAAAAUAGAAUUACAUCAUUUCACUGUGACAUUAACUAAAUUGUAAGUUAAAGGCUAUUUUAGCAUUUUUAGAGAGUAAUAUUAUAAAUUCAGAAAUUAUUGCAUGCAUUUUUUUUGCAAUUUUUGAAGAAUGGACGAAGAUUUAUUAUUGUGAUAUAAGGAAAAUCUGCAUACAUAAAUAUGUAUCAAAAAUCAGAAUGCUAGUUCUUAUUUUUGUGAUACUCGCCCUGUUGUAUUAUUCGCAUUAAUAAAAACAUUGCAAUAACUUU